AUGUCUUCAAUUUUAUUGCCUCACGAACAAAGAAUUCAUGGACCAUGGGUUAAAUUGCAAUCUGAACCAAAACUAUUCAACGCGUUAAUGUAUGAUUUGGGUGUAAGAGGUGCCCAGGCCACAGAGGUUUUUGUACUUGAUGAUAUAGACAAUUUUCAUGAAUUAGGCGAGAUAUAUGGUUUUGUGUACCUUUUCAGGAUGAUGGGAGAUGUUAAAAGCUUAUAUAAAUCUGAGGAAUAUACCCCUGUCGACAACCCAAAGAACGUUUAUUUCGCAAAUCAGGUCGUUGACAAUGCCUGUGCAACAUUGGCGGUGUUAAAUAUAGCUUUAAAUAGCCCACAAUUGGAAAUUGGUGACGAUUUGAAAGAAUUCAAAGAAUUCACAAAGGAUUUCCCACCUCCCGUAAAAGGUUUUACCAUCACGAAUCAUCCAUCGUUCCGCUUAAUUCAUAAUUCAAUGUCGAGACACCCUGAAGAGGCCUUAGUUGUAGAAGAAGCUAGUGGAAAACCUAGUGCUACAGUAGACGAAUCUGUUGAAGUGUAUCAUUAUAUUGCUUAUGUUCCCGUUGAUGGUGAAGUUUGGCAAUUGGAUGGACUAUAUCCGCACCCCGUUAGUGUCGGGAAAUAUUCCGACAAACAGAGAUGGUAUGAUGCGGCGCGAGAUGCAAUGCGAGCACGUACACAGGGAUUUUAUGCAGAACAAAUCAAUUUUGUUCUAUUAGCAAUAACAAAAGAUCCAAUAUUUAUAAAGAAAAUGAGAACCAAGGAAUGCAUUUAUCUCAAAAGGGUCGUUGAAUCCGUAUUGGAUGAAUUAAAUGGCGAGUGGAGAGCUGUUCUUCUUAAUGAACCAAAGUUUGUCGAAGACUUAACUGAAGAUGAAGAAAUGGAAGUUGCUAAGCGGGAUAAUGUUACCAAAGAAAUUGAGGUUCUCAACUCCAAUAGAGGUGAUGCCAAUAAGCUCAUACAAUUACGAACAAACUGGGUUGAUGAGAUUCGUGUUUUACAAAAAGCUAUUAAACGUGAAAAUAAAUUGAAGCAGAUUGAAAAGGAGCGGCAAACAUUUGAUUACGGACCUUUCAUUCGAGAGUAUCUUUCUGUAUUACACGAACGUGGUGAAUUAAAAGAAUUGUUAAAGAAAGCUGAUGAUGAAGAUUGUGAUAUAGUUUUUUAA